GCGUCCCCGCCACAAUGUCGCAGGAGAACCCGCCCUCGCUGCUGAUCCCCCCGAAUCCCUCCCUCUCCCAGCAGAAACCAUCCGCCUCCAUCCUCCUCAACGGCCCAAACCGCCCCCGAGGGCCCAGCAGCAGCACGGCGCCAGACACGGCCUCCCAACGCUCCCUCUCCGCAUCGUCCUUCACCGGCAGCCACUCCCCCGUCUCCUCACUCACCUCCGUGUUCUCCCAUGCCAGCGGCAGUGGCGAAGGCAGCGGCAGCGGUGACGGCGGCUUCCCUUCUCCGCCCGAUUUCUCGUCUUCGCCGGCCUCUUCACACAACUCGCUGCACUCCCACCCUGCCAAGCAGUCCGGCCACAACUACACUGCGCCAUCCUCACCCGCCGGCUUUCAUCCCUCGCGACGAGCGUCCCACGCAAAGAUCCAUUUUGCACCUCUUCCUGCCGUGCCUCCCGAGUUCCGAAGACGAAACUCCAUCUCGUUGGGUGUAGCUUCCCGUCGAAACCUCAUUGGUAUGCAGGGUCAGGGACACAAGGGAGGAGUGCAGAGAGUCGUGAUGAGUGAUGAAGAUUGGGACAAUUAUUGCAAGCAGUUUGAAGAGAAGCAAGGCAACAACGAUGUCAUUGAUGUCGGACAGCUAGCCAAAUCAGGCGCAAAAGCCCUCUGGCGCUCAGUCAAACGUCGUCGCUCUGGAUCCCAAUCUUCUCAAAAUUCCACAGCUUCCACAGCCACUACAGCAUCCACCUCUGCUUCCCCCUCGACCGUAUCCGACUCUGCCCCCCUCGGCCGCCAUUCUCUCACUGGUACAUCCAACAGCGGUUCCACCCACAGUCUCAAUGGCCCCCUCAACGGCUCCCUUCACCUCGCCCCAGUCAGAGAAGAGUCCGAGUUUGCACUCAAGAGCAUCCCCGGUUCUCCUCCUGCAACCACUAUCGACGAUGCAGGUUUGCCCCCUAUGCGCGUGCGCGCUCCUGUACCCAGAAGGCCGCACUCGCCGCGGCACGUACACGCCGCACAUGCCAUGCUGCAUAAUUCAGCGAUGGAAACGGACAUGGGCAUGGGCGAUGGUGAUGCAGCAAUGGAUGGGGAUGGGGAUGCGACCCCGAGAAGACGGCCUUCUCCGCCCCCGAGGUUGGCAGACAAGUUGCCUACCGAGGACGAGCUCGAGCAGAUUGCCGACGAGGACGAAGAGGAAGAGGCUCAAGAUGCAGCUGCAGCUGCAGAGGUCGAAGAGGGAGAGGAAGAAAUGGCCGGAGCCCCAUUGUCACCCGUCGCAGAAGGAGCUUCCCGACCUGAGGUUGAGCCUGAGGCAGAGGCUGUAGCUGGAGCUGGAGCUGAGGCUGCCGCUCCCCCUUCACCAGAAGAACAGGCUUCAAUCGAGAGUCAUGAUACCGAAUCUCGCGAGACGCACGAAGAUAGGAAAAGAGGCAGGAGGUCUGCCGUUCUCGGUUUCGAUGUGGAGAGGUUUGGAUUUAUGAGUAUCCACGACAAGAACCAUUGAGGCGUAGGAUAGCGGAAGAGAAUAAACAAGCAGUCAAAAGACUUGUCAUUACCCCACCCCCCCAAAAACCAGCUGUCAAAGCUGAAUUUAGAAGUACCCAGAGUGAUUCUUUUUUUUUGUUGUAGCAAGGAGCAAGGACGUCGGAAGAAAGUAGUUCUAAUAUUCCACAGUUCUGUAGCCUGUAUCACGGUAAUAGAAGUGACAUGUACGCAUCUAUGUCGGAAGCGCAAUGCUAGGUGUAUUGGCUGAGAAGCCUUGGUAUUCAACGGUAACAAGACGAUACCUGUACUUCG